AUGGUAGCUAGAAUCAGGAAAAGUGUUACUGAGUCUCAUAAUUCAACAAAACCUGUUGUUGGAGAGGUUGAUACUAAUCCCCCGAUUCAAUCGGUUAAAGAUGCUGUUUAUCUAUUUGAUGAAGGUGCAUUCUCUGGCGAAAAUCCUAUUGUUAAGAAGUCAAAAUCUAAAUCUUAUUCUGUUGUCGAGGGUGUUUGGGCAAAGGAGACAAAACUUCACUUAGCACAGAAAGAGCUCAACAAAAUAAAGGUGCAACUAAAAAACGCGGAAACUACCAAGGCUGAAGUUUUAGAGGAGCUUGAAAAGGCCAAAACAACUGUUAUGGAUCUGAGACAAAAGAUUGAAGUUCUCACUGAAUCGCGAGGAAUAGCAAUUCAGGCAACAGAAGCUGCAAAGAGUCAAGCGAAGCAGAUUAAAGAAGAAAAAAGUGGGAAUCUUAACGUUAUCAAUGGUACUUCGAAAGAAGUGUUGGAAACUGUGGUUCAGAGGUAUAAAUCUAUUAUUAUAGAACUUGAUGAGGCAAAGCAAGAACUGAGGAAAAUUCGUCAGGAGUGUUUGGAAUCGGUGGAAGCAAGAGUUUCUGCUUUCAAGAAAGCUGAAGAAGCUAGAGAUGCAAUAGAGACAAAUGAAGAACGGGCGCAUGAGCUUUUCAAUGAAAUUUUAGCUGUACAAGAAUCAAUUCAACAAAUGAAGGUUGCAUCUGUCGAAGCCGAUCAACAGAAAAAAGAGAUAUUAGUUGAGAAAAAUGUUCUGAGCCAAUCUUAUAAAUCCAGCCUUGAAGAAUAUGAAAAGAACUUGCUUGCUUUAAACAAGGAAUUUAGUUCGAAACUCACCAAAAAUCUUGAAGUGAAGCUUACGAAUAGAUUUAGUGAAAUAUCAGCUCUUCAAAAGGAGAUUGAAAAUAAAAAGACUUCAGAUUUUGAAUCAAUGAAAACUCUCACCUCGGUGCUUAAUGGUGCUAAGGAAUCACUGCAGAAAUUAUCAGAAGAAGAAGACUCUGUUAGAUGCUAUGUGGAAUCUCUUAAGUUGGAUUUAGAGAAUGUUAAAAGAGAGCACUUGGAAUUGAAAGAGAAAGAAUGCAAAACUGAAUCCGUUCUUAGGAAUCUGCGUGAUGAGCUCGAGAAACGUGAGUUUGAGCUUGAAAUCUACUUGGCAGAAGAAUCUGAAGUUAGAGUUUCAUCUGAGAGAAUGAUCUCAAUGUUGAAUCAAUUGUCUGAUGAAACUGAAAAGGCGCGGCGUGAAGCAGAAGAUAUGAAGGUUUAUGCAGUUGAAUUGAAGGUAGAAGCUGAACUCACCAAACGCGCGCUUGAAGAUGCAGAAACCAAGCUCAAAGUAGCAUUAGAAGAAGCAGAAGUGGCGAAAGCAGCAGAGGCAAUUAUUCUUGAUCAGAUUAAAGACUUAUCUGAGAAGGCUAAUGCUGCUCGCAACUCCGUGUCUGAAUCUGGUGCUAGAAUAACAAUCUCAAAGGAGGAAUUUGAUUCCUUAAACCGCAUGGUCGAGGAGUUUGAUAAACUAGCGAGCAGCAAAGAGGCUUCUGCGACAGCGCUCAUCGAAGCUGCAAAGGCUAGUGAAAUCGAAACUCUCCAAAAGUUAGAGGAAACUCAGAAGGAGAUUGAGAAUAUAAAGAAAAUGACUCAGGAGGUGUUGAAAAAGACCGAGAUGGCUGAAGCUGCAAAGAAUGCAGUGGAGAGUGAGCUUAUAAGGUGGCGCCAGAGAGAUCAUGAGAAGGCAGCAGAAACUGCAGCUCGAAUAUUGGCUGUAACACCAAUCUCGUCUCGUCGGAGAAGCAGAUUUCGAAAGCAAAAUUCAACUCCAAGAAGUAUGGAGGUUAGGAAGUUGGAAAGGAAGGGUUCAUUUUCAAAGAAAACUCUGUUCCCAAGUAUUAGUAGAAUCUUUAGCAGGAAAAAAAGCAUGAAGUUUGAGAGAGGAGUUCCUUCUUACCUUCCAGGUGAGAGUCCUUUGUGA